AUGGACCACGACUCGAUGGCGCAGAGCCCCGCCCCCCGCCCCUUGUGCCGCUGUAAGAAGCAGCGCACCGAUCGCGGAAGUCGGCUGGGCGGUGCUCUACUCGGUCUCUACAGCCGGGCCGGUUUCUCUGCUGCUGAAAUCCGCUUCAGAGUGCGCCAGCGACGGGAACUCGGGAUCGAGCGAUUCCGGCGCGUAGGCCUGUGCAAUGAGGAGAGCGAUGCAGCGACGAUGCCGCCGGGCGAUGUGAUCCCACGCACGGACGCGGACGCCGCAGUUGGUGUGACCUCUGCGGUGGGCAAGCCGAUUCCGCUGCGGCCGGUGAGUGGCCCCUCUGGCACCCGAUGCGGGAGACGUCGCGGCAGCCGCCCCUUGUGUGGCUGUAAGAAGCAGCGCACCGAUCGCGGAAGUCGGCUGGGCGGUGCUCUACUCGGUCUCUACAGCCGGGCCGGUUUCUCUGCUGCUGAAAUCCGCUUCAGAGUGCGCCAGCGACGGGAACUCGGGAUCGAGCGAUUCCGGCGCGUAGGCCUGUGCACUGAGGAGAGCGAUGCAGCGACGCUGCCGCCGGGCGAUGUGCUCCCACGCACGGACACGGAUACCGCAGUUGGUGUGGCCUCUGCGGUGGGCCAGCCGAUUCCGCUGCGGCCGGUGAGUGGCCCCUCUGGCACCCGAUGCGGGAGACGUCGCGGCAGCCGCCCCUUGUGUGGCUGUAAGAAGCAGCGCACCGAUCGCGGAAGUCGGCUGGGCGGUGCUCUACUCGGUCUCUACAGCCGGGCCGGUUUCUCUGCUGCUGAAAUCCGCUUCAGAGUGCGCCAGCGACGGGAACUCGGGAUCGAGCGAUUCCGGCGCGUAGGCCUGUGCACUGAGGAGAGCGAUGCAGCGACGAUGCCGCCCCUCCAUUAUCCCCUUUGCACACCCCAGCAACAGGCACUGCCUGCCGUAUCGCUGUGGAAGCAGGAGGGGCCGCAACCGGCCAUUCAUUAUCCCCUUAGCACACCCCAGCAACAGGCAGUGCCUUCCGUAUCGCUGUGGAAGCAGGAGGGGCCGCAACCGGCCAUUCAUUAUCCCCUUAGCACACCCCAGCAACAGGCACUGCCUGCCGUAUCGCUGUGGAAGCAGGAGGGGCCGCUACCGGCCGUUCAGCACUCACGGUGGAACCCUUUUAGCUUCACCGGCGGCGAUGCCGUAUCGCUGAGGAAGCAGGAGGGGCCGCUACCGGCCAUUCAUUAUCCCCUUAGCACACCCCAGCAACAGGCAGUGCCUGCCGUAUCGCUGUGGAAGCAGGAGGGGCCGCAACCGGCCAUUCAUUAUCCCCUUAGCACACCCCAGCAACAGGCAGUGCCUUCCGUAUCGCUGUGGAAGCAGGAGGGGCCGCAACCGGCCAUUCAUUAUCCCCUUAGCACACCCCAGCAACAGGCAGUGCCUGCCGUAUCGCUCUGGAAGCAGGAGGGGCCGCAACCGGCCGUUCAGCACUCACGGUGGAGCCCUUUUAGCUUCACCGGCGGCGAUGCCGUGCGCACAUCCACAGGGCGUCCCAUAAAAUAUUAA